AUGAAAGAAGGCUCUUAUUUCUGUCACCACUACCACCACACCGUCCUCAUCCUCAUCAUCAUCAGUACUACCAUCGCCGCCACCAUUAUCCCCAGUACCACUGCAACUGCAGAGAACGUUAUGGACAGGUCCACUGUGGCUUCCCAGAGAACACCUCGGCCUCUAUGGAUGAUAAUCCUUCUUUCUCUUGGAAUAAUGGCAGUUUUAGGAGUAACGAUUGGUCUUCUUGUUCAUUUUCUAGCAGUAGAAAAGAUGCACUACUAUCAAGGUGAUUUUUAUAUUUCUGGAGUCACAUACAAUGAUAGUUGUGAAAAUGCUGCUUCAGAAGCCAGCACAUAUCUGAGCAAAGAUAUUGAAACCAAGAUGUUACAUUCAUUUCAAAACUCUAGUGUAUAUAAAGAGUAUGUCAACUCUCAGGUCCUCAAAUAUGUGCCUGAUCAGAGUGGGUCAAGGGUACAGUUACUUCUCGGGUUCAAGUUUCCUCCAGCGAAGAGGGGUAGCCUAAGGAAGAGAAUCAAAGCUGUCCUGCAUCAGAUGUUGACAGAUAACAGGGCAUCCUGGGGUGCAACUCCCACUUCCAUUAAACUUUCAGAAAUCAGCAAGGCUAACUUUGAAAUGCUUCUCAACAACUGCUGUGGGAGACAAUUGGUCAACAGUAUCACAGCUGGCAACCGGAUUGUGAAUGGGGAAAAUGCCCCAGAAGGGGCAUGGCCAUGGCAGGCCAGCCUACAAUGGAAAGGCCGACACAACUGUGGGGCCUCCCUGAUUAGCAGCAGGUGGCUCUUAUCUGCAGCUCACUGCUUUGUUCGGAGAACUCAUUCAAAAUACUGGACUGUCAACUUUGGAACUUCAGUGAAUGAACCGUAUAUGACAAGAAAAGUCCAAAAUAUCAUUCUUCAUGAAAAUUAUAGCAGUUCAUCAUUUCAAAAUGACAUCGCCCUUGUGCAGCUGGAUAAGGAAGUUUCUUUUACAAAGUAUGUUCAUAGGAUUUGUCUUCCUGAAGAGAAAAUGAAACUCUCAGAAAAUGACAGCGUUGUAGUUACAGGAUGGGGAGCACUUUCUACGGAUGGUAAGGUUUCUUUUCAGAGGGUAAUAGCCUCAUGGGAAUAA